UCCUCCCCCAGCUUACACUCGCAGCCAGCAUAGCCGGCCAUGGACCUCAGUGCCCUCAGCAGCGACUACUCGUCAGGGACGCCGUCCCCGGUGGGCGCGGACGGCGGCAACAGCGAGGGCUUCUCGGCGUACAUGACGGUGUCUUCGGCGCCGCCGAAGCGCCGCGCCGGGCGGACCAAGUUCAAGGAGACGCGGCACCCGGUCUACAAGGGCGUGCGCCGGAGGAACCCCGGGAGGUGGGUCUGCGAGGUGCGGGAGCCGCACAGCAAGCAGAGGAUAUGGCUCGGCACGUUCGAGACCGCGGAGAUGGCGGCGCGCGCUCACGACGUGGCCGCGCUGGCGCUGCGCGGCCGCGCCGCCUGCCUCAACUUCGCCGACUCGCCUCGGCGGCUCCGGGUCCCGCCCGUGGGUGCUAGCCCUGAUGAGAUACGGCGGGCGGCGGUGGAGGCGGCUGAGGCAUUCCUGCCGGCACCCGACCAGAGCAAUGCGGCCGCCGAGGAGGUAGCAGUUGCACCAACGGAGCAGUUCGCCGGUGAUCCGUACUAUGGGAUGGACGAUGGGAUGGACUUCGGGAUGCAGGGCUACCUCGACAUGGCGCAGGGGAUGCUCAUUGCCCCUCCUCCGAUGGCAGGCCCUUCAGCGACUGUCGGAGACGGCGACGAUGACGGCGAGGUCAGCUUGUGGAGCUACUGAUUACGCGCAUUUGAGUUACGAAGAACUUCUAAUGCAUGUGCAGCUUUAUAUAGCAAUCCAGUACAGGAAGUGUACUGCAUGGUUGCCCUUCCAUUUUCUCUUCUGAACUUCUCUGGGUAAUGUAUGGUUGCUCUCUGAUGAAUUGCGAUCAGAAGAAGCAGAAGGUCUGAUCUUGUGUUUGGUAAAUGGUGCACGCUUGUCGGGUUAUGGCUUGUUAGUGUUUUAACUCCGAAGGAGUGUUGGGGCUAGCUAUAUGUAUCUCCCUUGUUUAUUAACCAUGAGAGGAGUGUCUUCGUCGGUGUUUGGUUAAGCAAAGUGUAAUUUUCUUGA